UGCAUGGGAAGCUCCAAGCCUCUAUUUUCCUUGAAAAGCCUUCAUCUCCUCCUUUUCAUCCUCCCUUUCAAUCCCUCAAAACAACCUUCCCAUGUUUUAAGGAUCUCCCUAUUCUUUACCUAGUCUCCUUCCUCCCUCCCUUCCUCAUCUCUCCAAAGUGACUCAUUAUCCUUCACAAUCAAUCAAUCAUGUCGAACUCGGCGUCGGGAAUGGCGGUGAACGAUGAUUGCAAGCUCAAGUUCUUGGAGCUGAAAGCAAAGAGAAACUUCCGAUUCAUUGUGUUCAAGAUCGACGAAAAGAUACAGCAAGUCACUGUGGAUAGGCUCGGUAAGCCUGAUGAGAGUUAUGAUGAUUUCACCGCAGCCAUGCCUCCAAAUGAAUGCCGCUAUGCCGUGUUCGAUUUUGAUUUCAUUACUGAUGAGAACUGUCAGAAGAGCAAGAUCUUCUUCAUUGCUUGGUCUCCUGACACUUCAAAGGUGAGGAGUAAGAUGUUAUAUGCAAGCUCCAAAGAUAGAUUCAAGAGAGAGCUUGAUGGAAUACAAGUGGAAUUGCAGGCAACUGACCCAAGUGAGAUGAGCAUGGACAUAAUAAAAUCUAGAGCUAUCUGAGGAAUGAGAAAUGAUGAGCUUUUUUUUUUUUUCUCUUUUUUUCUGUGCUUUAAAAUGAGAGAUUAUUUUCA